AAGAGGUACAUGAAACGAUGCAAAUAUCAAAGCGACAAAUCCCAACCGUCAAAUUCUCUCUCUGGAAUUCUCCUUGAACAAAACGGGCCAUAAAUAUUUUUGUGGGUGACCAAAAAACCGAUGCUGAAUUGUUGAAUUAGUGAAUCUUUUGAGGUAUGAUGGCGGAAUCAGCUGCCGCAAACGCUCUUAAUGGCUUCUCUCCGGUUUCUUCUCCUCCGGUUUUUUGGAAAUCUAGGAAAAGAUUUGCUGCUAGUGUGAAGAACACGAACGAGGCGGUAGAUGGCUCGAGUGCAGAUAAAACCCCGGAAUCGUCAGCAGAGGAGAAGCAGCAAGAACCAAACAGCCUCUCAGAGAAGCGCAAGGCUCUGUUUGAACCACUAGAACCAGUGAUCAACACCAACGGGAAACGUCCUUCUGCAGAAACCCUACUCCCGCCUCCCGACUUCGAAUCAGCAAGCUACCCAAAGGGGUGGCUGAUCGGGAAGAAGCGGAAGCUGGUGAACGUGGACGUUGUGGAGAGCAUGCGGAGGAUUGCAGUGCAGGAGAUGAACCGGAAGGACCGGGAAAUCAAUGGGCUGAACGAGCAGUUGGAAGAGGACGCGCGAUGCCUGGAGCACCUGCAGCUGCAGCUGCUCGAUGAACGGAGCAAACGAGCAGAUGUGGAGAGACAAAACACAAUGCUGCAGAGCCAGAUAACGAUGCUGAUGGACAUGUUGCAGGAGAAUGAAGCAGUGGAGGAUGAAGGGACACAUACAGAUUCAUAAAUUUUAUUUUAUUCUAUUUGUAAAUCUUUUAAGAAAAUGUGAAAAUGUGCAAGACUGAAAAGAGGUGUGAGAUAGUAUUUGCCAAUGAUGAACGCUUAUCUAUAA